AUGGAGGGAUCCCGCUGGCUCCUCUGCCUCUUCUCCAUGUCGUGCUGGUUGAAUUUGAUGCCGACAGCCGGGACUAAAAUCUUCCACUUUGGGCCCUGCAGGGUUCCAGUGAGUGUGACUGAGAUUAGGUCUGGUUUCACCGCAAUUAAAGCCAACAUCGUAAGUAUUGCUCCGGGCUCUUGUGGAGCUGGGGAACUCUUUAGCCAGCUGCUCCUGGAGCCCUGUGGAGCCAGCGUGUACCUCACCAUCUCUGUUUUCCCCGAGCAGCAAGCCAGAGACCGCAUCAGGACCCUCAGCAUCUUGUCUCACCCCCAUUCUCUGCACAAGGUUAAGUCUUCAGAUAGGUGCUGCAUCACCCAUCACCUCUUCAGCUUCUACGUGGACAAAGUUUUCAAACACUGCAAGACCGAGGAUCCGUAUGUCAACCGAAAAAUCAGCAGCAUAGCCAACUCCUUCCUCAGUGUGAAGAGGAAACUCGGGCAGUGCCAUGAGCAAAAAAAGUGCACGUGCGGAGAGGAAUCCACCGAGAAAUUUAAGCAAAUACGUGUGAACUACGAGGCGCUGAAUGUCACAUCUGCAGCAAUUAAAUCCCUGGGUGAGCUGGACAUUCUGCUAGACUGGAUGGAGAAAUCUCGUUAG